AUGACUAGUAAUGAAAAUAUGACAACUACAAAAACAUCCGUUGAUAUUAAAUGUAUUAUUGUACAACAAACAUUUACUGGAAAACGUGAACUUAAAGUUACAACGAUACCAAAACCACCACCACCUGGUGAUGGUGAAAUAUUAAUUGCUGUCAAAGCAUGUGGAAUUAAUUUUAAUGAUGUACUUGUUCGUUAUGGAUUAUUAGAAGAUACUCCGCGACCUCCAUUUAUUCCAGGUUUUGAAUGUAGUGGUGAAAUACUUGAUAUUGGAACAAAUGUAACACAUGUCGAUCGAGGUGAUCGUGUUCUUGUAUUAACAAAUUUUUCAUCUUGGGCUGAACAAAUAGUUGUAAAAAAAGAUUUUGUAUUUAAAAUUCCAAAAGAAAUGUCAUUUCGUGAAGCAGCUGUACUUCCAAUAGCUUAUCUUACUGCUUAUAUAUUAUUAUUUGAAAUUGGAAAUAUAAAAUCAGGUCAAACAUUAUUAUUUCAUUCAGCUGGUGGUGGUGUUGGAGUUGCAUUAACACAACUAUCAAAACUCGUACCUAAUUUAACCAUUAUGGCAACAGCUAGUCCACAUAAAUUUGAUGUACUUCGAGCUCAUAUACAUUAUUUAUUUGAACAUGAUAUUGAUUAUACAGAAGAUAUUAAAAAAAUAUCACCAGAAGGUAUUGAUCUUAUUCUUGAUUGUAUGGCAGGAGAUGAUUGUGAACGUGGCAUUGAAUUACUUAAAUUUAAUGGAAAAUAUGUUAUGUAUGGAACAUCAAGUUUACUUACGUGGGAUGUUAAAAAUUUAUUUGGUAUUACUAAAGGAAUGACUAAUUGGUGGCAGAAUGAUAAAGUAAGCUGUUUACGUCUAUAUCAAGAUAGCAAAUCUAUUCAUGGUUUUAAUUUAAUUCAAUUGCUUCAACGUGGUUCAAAUGAAACACGUCGUUAUUUAUCUGACAUAAUGCAUAAAGUAUUUUUACUUUAUAAAGAAGGAAAAAUUAAACCAGUUGUCGAUUCUGUAUUUACAUUUGAAGAUAUAAAUAAUGCUCUUGGUAAAUUAAUUGAUCGUAAAAAUAUUGGUAAAGUAGUAAUCGAACCAUUUGUUAAUUCAAAAGCAGAAAAAGUGAAAAAAGUUAAAUCAAGUAGUACAUCUGGACAUCAAGAUUCAAGUUCAACAUCUGGUCCUGAUGAUGAUGAUGAUGGUAAAGAUCCUGAAGAUUUUCGUCAAUCUUCAUCAUCUAAUCAAUAA